AUGCCGUGGCCGGCAAAGAACGCCGGCCUAGGCGUUGCCGCAAUGUCCUACAUAGCCGUUGACUACCUCCGCCACCUGUCCCCGAAGUGGCACUCCCGUCUGCAACCGGCGUUAUGGUCUAUCCUCGCCCUCGCCGCCGUCGCUCGAGUCCCCUCUUACCGGCACUGGUCCGUCGAGUUCCGCUCAGCUAUUCCCUUCGUUGCUUCAAUGCUCUUCAUGCUCGUUGCUCUCCUUUACGAAGCCAUCUCCGUUCGAUCUGUCACCGCCGUCCUCGGCCUCGACUGGCACCUGAAUACAGCUCCUCUUCCAGACACUGGUCAGUGGUUUCUCUUGGCAAUGAAUGAGAAACUUCCUGCUCCAAUUGUUGCGAUAUUAAGAGCUCGUAUUAUUGGAUUGCAUCAUUUCUUGAUGUUGUUUAUGAUGCUGGCAUUCUCUGUGCUAUUUGGCUCGGUAAAAGCUCCUGGCCUUGGACUAGGUGCAAGAUAUAUGUUUACCAUGGCAAUUGGACGCCUUCUUCGUGCCAUAACUUUUGCAUCUACAAUUCUUCCGUCAGCUCGACCUUGGUGUGGUAGUUCUCGGUUCAGAGUUCCUGGAUAUCCACAUCGAUGGGCUCAGAAAUAUUAUACGCCAUAUGCUUCUGAUCAUAAUGCUAUCAGCCAGUUGUUAAGGCUUGAUCAAGCCUAUGUUGACAUUGGAAAACCAGUUGGCGACUACCGGCCAGAAUGGGGUUUCAUGAGCUUUCUGAUUGAUUUUCUGCGACCAACUGCUUCAGAAGGACCUUCAUGGUUCAGUCUGUUGAAGAAAGCUGGAGGUGGCUGCAAUGACCUCCUAUACAGUGGCCACAUGCUUGUUGCUGUACUUACAGCUAUGGCUUGGACAGAAGCGUAUGGAGGUUUCAGUUCAGCUCUUGUAUGGCUUCUUGUAGUUCACAGUGCCCAAAGAGAAGUUCGAGAGCGCCAUCACUACUCUGUAGACUGCAUUGUAGCCAUAUAUGUGGGGAUCCUUCUGUGGAAAAUGACAGGUUUUAUCUGGUCACAUGAAGUUAGAUCUGGAAAUAAGAAUCUGGUUAAGUUUGAGAAGAUUAAAAGUAGACUCAUCCAAGCUUCGAAGGACUCAGACAUUGAUCAAGUAAGAGAACUACUCAAAGAGAUUGACUUAAGCAAUGAAGAUAACAAGAAGCAGACUGCAUUUAAGUAUGCACGGCUAUUUAGUGGUGCCACUAUUGCCUUUGCACUCACCAUCGUUGUUCUGGCUUUCACGCUAACAACUGAUGGAUAA